UCUCACAUCUAUUAAUUUAAGGAAUAAUCUUGCGUUUAUAAUAAGGAAUAGUAUCUCUCUCGAGGCCUCUUGGAAAGCCCAAAACAAAGCCAUAUAAGUGGGGUUUAUGUAGUUUUGAUUAAUUCACAGUCAAUCAUGAUGGUUCCGUCAGUCCCCGAAUACAUCUUCCGAACUCCCUGCAUCGGCUCAUAUCUUGACCGGAAACUACUGAUACUGCUUCUUGAUGGGCGAUGUAUCAUUGGCACUAUGUGUACCUUCGAUCAACAUGGCAUAUCUCAUCCCCUCAUCUAUGCAUAUCAAUUCAUGCAAAUUCAUGGGAUUUAUAGUACAUAUCUGUGUGUGUUUGUGUGUGUGUGCAGGGAAUUUUGUUGUUGAGAGUGCGUUUGAAAGAAUUGUUGCUGAGAAUCAGUAUUGUGAUAAGCCCAUGGGUUUGCUUGUAGUUCGAGGGGAUAAUGCUAUUUUUAUUGGGGAGAUGGACCUCAGCUUCCCAGAACUUCCUCCCCAUAUCACUGCUGUCUCGCUACCUCAGAUUCUAAUUGCUAGGAAAGCAGAGUUGGAGUCAUCGGCGCUUAAAAGAACCUUGAAGAAAUGGAUGGAGGAACUGCUUGAUGGUGUUUGAUUGGUUGGAAAGAACCUUGGAGGAAACACCAUGUCCAAUUUCCCUCCCUUAUAUUCUCUAUUUCAAUCAAUUACAGUGGAAUUAGCGGUCUUUAUUUCCUUUUGAAAAAGCAUCACUACCAUUAGUCCACAAAUUAAGAGCCUUUCCAACUCAAAACCAUCCAAAUUCAAGGCAAAGUGGCCAAUAACCUGUCGCUUUAGAGGAGCCUUUUGUAACUAAUAAAGCAAGACUAUGUGUCCACUGAGUCACCAAAGUAGAAAUGAUAGAUCAUAACCUAUCAAAUCCAAGAAUUAACUGUUGGUUACGUGGGCGACCAAAUAAAUUAUUCAAUGAAACU